AUGCCGAACCAGAACCCAUGGGUGCUUCCGCGCUCCCCCGUCGGGAAAGCUACACAACACGAGCGCCCCUCGCAUGAGCGUCGCGUCACCAGCGCCGAUGUAUGGAAAGCUCUUCCAGCAAUACCUACUUCGUAUCGUCUCAGCGAGCACCUAGGAGACGGCGGUGUGCCGUGGUCAACGGGGUGGCCCAUCGAAUUCGGCGUACCUGAUGGGCAGGAUGAACAGUCUCUGAGCGAAGGCGAGUUUGUGCCAUUUGCCAACCAGCCAACCGUCAUCCAUGUUACUUCAGAUUCGCGCACCACGUUGCUGCUUCACGAGGAUCCGACGCGCGAGGCCGAGAUGGACGAUCUAUCAAAUGCAAUGAUGACGGUUGACAACGGCUUCGAGACACAAUGGUGGAACCAGGGCCCGCGGGCUGUUGUCAGCUACUCGGCGACUGGUGAGCCUGUUCUGCAUUCGCCCGUCGAACCGGUUCCGGAGGCCAUACCCAUCCCAGAGGACGCAGAGAUGACGGCACGGUCAGUCGGAUGGGCCAUAGCGCAGCAGCCGUACGGGAGUCUCCCGAGCACAGGUGCAGGCUUCAACUUUGUAACCGUGUCCCCCGUGACGGUGACUGAUGCUAGUAGCCCUCAGUUCUGGGUACAGCAGUCGGGGCAGCACCCACGGAUGCAGCGCUCAUUGACGACACGAUCUGACGAACUUUUCUUUGCUGUAUGAAUAAAAGCAUGGCAUACCAUGGCACGAGGGAACAGUCGAUAUGGCGGGCGUUCCACAAUAGUCUGGAACGAAGGAAGAGUGCUGUCAAGGAAGGCUUUAGGUCAUAGGAGGUUGUGUCUGAACUACGCAUUCCACACUUCGAGGGCUUCUCGAGCACCCCGCCUGCCUGGUAGUGGCACGUGUACGGCUGCUACGAUACCUUGCCCCCAGAGCCACUACGAAUGGCCGCUAUAAUGAAGCGAUUUUAUUCUUGUUUCAAGCAUAUGCUGUGGCUGUGUUUUCC